GGAAAUGUUAUUGUUUGUGCUGCUUAGAGAAAAAGACAAGCGGAAUUAGAAGAUAGAGAGAGAAAGAGAGAGUUUCUAUCUUGGUGAAAUUUAGCUGGGGAUAGGAGAUGGGUUCAGCUGCAAGUAACAGAAGCUUCGUCUCAGCAAGAAGGACGCACACGGCAAACGCUUUACACAGCUACUUACUGUUUUGUUUAGAUUUCAGUGUGAGAAUUACAGCCCAUUCCUAACGAUGAAAUAGUUUUCUUCACAAACGUAUACAAUGGCUACAAGAAAGGAUCUCCUCCUUUGUGUGCUAGAAGAUUUAUAUGAAGACCCUUACAAAAGAUUUAAAUUUAAACUGGAGGAUGUGGAACUGAGAGAAGGAUUUAAAAACAUUCCCAAAAGCUUUUUGGAAACUGCUGAUAAGAUUGACGUAGUGCGCAAGAUGGUUGAGUUCUAUGGUGAUGAUUAUGCUGUGGAGGUUGCAGCUAAAACCCUGACUGGAAUCCACCAGAAUGAUCUUGCAGAGACACUGAAGAGCGAGGUGCACAAGGUCAAUGAAACUGCACAGACCAUCAUCUCUGGCAUUCCGGAAACCACAGGCAGACUGCCAGUUGCCUUACAAAAACUGAAAAACAUCCACAAAUCCUUCCUAAAAGACAAGUUUGAAUGUGUAUCCGAAUGUAUUGCUAAACCUGGCGAGCAACUUCUACUGAACACAGUGUUUACCAAAGUGCACAUAACAGAGGGCGAAUCUGGAGAGCUGAACUACCACCACGAGGUCAGAGAGAUUAUGGCAGUGUCCAAAAAAGCAAGAUCACAAGUUCAACCCAUCAAAUGCAAUGACAUUUUCAAACCAAGUGAGAAGAAUCCCCGAAUAAGGACUGUUCUAACCAAGGGGAUCGCUGGCAUUGGGAAAACCUUCUAUCUUCAGAAGUUCAUUCUUGACUGGGCGACAGGCAGUAACGACCACGGAUUUGAUUUUCUAUUCGUUUUUCCAUUCCGUGAACUCAGCUUGAUAAAGGAAGAAAUUAGUCUGGUGGAACUUAUUCAGCAGGAUUAUCCGCACAUGAGAGAGUAUGAAGAUGUUUUAUCGGCUGGCUCAAAAGUCCUGUUCAUCUUUGAUGGUCUGGAUGAAAGCAGACUUAAAUUAGAUUUUACAAACUGUAAGAAGAUGUGUGAUGAGAAAAAGUCAACUGUCUUGGAUGAUGUGCUGAUAAAUCUUAUAAAGGGAAAUGUACUUCCCUCUGCCACUCUUUGGAUAACUUCUAGGCCUGCAGCAACAGGUCGUAUUCCAUCUCGACAAAUUAGCAGAGUGACUGAGAUACAAGGCUUUGAAGAUCAGGAGAAGGAAGAGUACUUCAGGAAGAAAUUCGAAGAUCAAAUUCUGGCAGAAAAGAUCAUCUCACACAUGAGGACAUUAAGGAGCCUUCAUGUAAUGUGCUAUGUUCCGGCUUUUUGCUGGAUUAUAGCCACUGUUCUUGGACACAUAUUGGGUAAAAAUGGCAAUGAGAACAUACCCAGAACCCUGACAGAAGUGUACACACACUUCCUGCUUGUCCUGCUGACUUUACAGAACGAUAAAGAGGAAAACAAAGAAGAACUACUGAAACAAAAUCAAGAAGCCAUUCUUAAUUUGGGGAAGUUGGCCUUUCUUAACCUAGAAAGAAACAAUCUCAUCUUUUAUGAAGCGGACCUAAGAGAAUGUGGCAUUGAUAUAAAACAGUCAUCGGUUUAUUCUGGGGUUUGCAGAGAAAUAUUCAAAGAACAUUCAGCAGUUAGAGAGAGUGUGUAUUCCUUUGUACACCUGACAGUCCAGGAGUUUUUUGCAGCUCUGUAUGUUUUCACAUCAUUUCAAAACAAAAAUCGCAAUCUAUUGACGCAAUCGCCAAAGGAUACAUUCUUUGGUCUGUUUGGAAGACAGUUAUAUGAUGUUUAUAAACUUGCAUUGAACAAAGCUACCGAGAGCAGAAAUGGUCACCUAGAUCUUUUGGUCAGGUUCCUCUUAGGCCUUGGGAUGGAAAGCAACCAAAAGCUUUUGAAAGGCCUUUUAUUAAAGACAAAAGACAAUUCAAAGGGCAUCCAAAAAACAGUCAAGUACAUUAAACAGCUGAUUAAGGCAAAUCUCUCUCCAGAAAGAAGUAUCAAUCUCUUUCACUGUUUAAGUGAACUGAAUGACAAUUCUCUUGCUGCAGAGAUCAAGGUGUCCUUAACCUCAGGAAAUCUUUCACGACAGACCCUUUCUCCAUCACAUUACUCAGCGCUUGCCUAUGUCUUACAAACAUCAGAAGCUGAAUUGGAUACACUAGACUUGAGUCAUCACGCACUACCAAAUGAAGGUCUGCAGAGAUUGAUGCCAGUUGCAAGAUUACACAGAAGAUUGCUGCUUCAUUAUUGUGAUCUCACGGGUGAUUGCUGUGAGUACCUCGCCUCUGCUCUCUGUACAAACCAGUCAGCCCUGACAGAGCUGGAACUGGGAAAGAAUUGCCUGGGGGAUUCUGGUGCCAAACUGUUGUUUGCUGCACUGAAGGAUCCAAACUGUAAAUUAGAGAAACUGGGGCUUCAUUAUUGUGAUCUCACAGGUAAUUGCUGUGAGGACCUGGCCUCUGCUCUCUGUACAAACCAGUCAACCCUGAGAGAGCUCAGGAUGGGAGAGAAUGUUCUGGGGGAUUCUGGAGUGAAACUGACUGCUGCCUUGAAGGAUCCAAACUGUAAAUUAGAGAAACUGGGGCUAGAACGGUGUAGUCUUACAGGUAAUUGCUGUGAGGACCUGGUCUCUGCUCUCUGCACCACAAGCCACUCAACCCUGAGAGAGCUGGAGCUGGCAGGGAAUAACCUGGGGGAUUCAGGAGUGAAACUGACUGCUGCCCUGAAGGAUCCAAACUGUAAAUUAGAGAAACUGGGGUUAUGGGGGUGUCAGCUCACAGGUGAUUACUGUCAGAACCUGGCCUCUGCUCUCUGUAGAAACCAGUCAACCCUGAGAGAGCUGGACCUGGGAAUGAAUUUCAUGGGAGAUUCGGGAGUGAAAAUACUGUCAGCUGCAUUGAUGGAUCCAAACUGUAAAUUAGAGAUACUGGGGUUGGGGGAUUGUUGUCUCACAGUUGGUUGCUGCGAGGACCUGGCCUCUGUUCUCCGUACAAACCACUCAAACCUGAAAAGUCUGAAGCUGAGUUUCAAUAAACUGGGUGACUCAGGAGUAAAAUUGCUGUCUGCUGCGUUGAAGGAUCCAAACUGUACAUUAGUGAAACUGCAACUGUGGGAUUGUAAUCUCACGGGUGGCUGCUGUGAGGACCUGGCCUCUGUUCUCCGGGCAAAGCAGUCAAACCUGACAGAGUUGGAGCUGGGAGAAAAUGUCAUGGGGAAUUUAGGUGUGAAACUGCUGUCUGCUGCACUGAGGGAUCCAAACUGUAAAUUAAAGACACUGGGGCUGAGGAAGUGUGAACUCACAGGUGACUGUCUUGAGGACCUGGCCUCUGCUCUCUGUACAAACCAGUCAACCCUGAGAGAGCUGGGGCUGAGUCACAAUAACCUGGGGGACUCAGGAGUGAAAUUGGCUGCAGCACUGAAGGAUCCAAACUGUAAAUUAGAGAAACUGGAGCUGAGGGAGUGUCAACUCACGAAUGAUUGCUGUAUGGACCUGGCCUCUGCUCUUCGUAGAAACCAGUCAACCCUGAGAGAGCUGGAGCUAGGAGAGAAUAAAGUGGCUGAUUCUGGUGCAAGACUGUUGUUUACUGCACUGAAGGAUCCAAACUGUAAACUAGAGAAACUGGGGCUGAGUUGGUGUUAUCUCACGGGUGAUUGCUGUGAGGACCUGGCCUCAGCACUCCGUACAAACCAGUUAACCCUAAGAGAGCUGGAGCUGGGGGUGAAUAACCUGGGUGAAUCUGGAGUGAACUUACUCACUGCUGCACUGAUGGAUCCAAACUGCAGAUUAAAGAAACUGGGUAUUUGUGAGUGAGGGAGGACAGAAUGUACCAGACAUUCCAAGGAAACCAUGUGACCCUCAGGGACUGCGCUCAUGGGACAGACCCACUUUGACAUCACUCAAACAGACCACACCCCCCUCUCUUUCAUACGAUGUCACAAUAAUAACGUAUUUUAAAUUUCAUGCGUCAUUGUUUGGGUGUGUGAGAGGGUAGUGGGCAUUCACUGACACAGGAGACAGAAUUUUCUUUGAAACACCUCAGGGGUGCACCGAUUUAUUUUUACCCACAGAGGGCGCUGUUGUCUGUUGCCUGAAUACUGGUGUCGUAUAGGUUGAUGGCGCAUGCACAGUAAUGCAAAACUAGGCAAAAAUAAAGCGGGGCAACAGUUUGAUUAAAGGGGAGGUUCACUGCAUGGCUUUUUAUUUUUAUAGUGCCUAUAGAAAGUCUACACCCUCUUGAACUUUUUCCCAUUUUGUUGUGUCAGUGCCUCAGAGUUUCAUGCAUUUAAAUGAGGAUAUUUUUCCGCUUAUUACACACCAUAAUCCACACUGCUAAGGGGAAAAAAAAUUAUAUAUUAAAAAUACAAAACUGAAAGAUCAUAAUUGGAUAAGUCUUCGCCCCCCCC